AUGGACAACUCCGAACAGCCUCAACUUCAUGGGGAUUUGAGUACAGCUUGUUCAGACCCAAACCCAGCAGUCAUGGUGCAAUGUCACAGCGCCCCCCCUCCAAAUAUGUCCAUGAUCAAAGGUGAGCCUGAAUUUGGACUUAAUCCAGUAGGCUAUUUUCUGUGUCCCACUGGCUCUGAAGCAACAUUAUCAGUCCAGUAAAGGCCAUUUUCACUUGCCCUCUAUUGAUCUCAUUUCUUUUUGCAGGUGAAGUUGAGAAGUUCCUUCAGGGAACAAAGCGGUUUGAACUUCCUCGUCAAACGUGUUCAGUGAACAUAAUCAAGAAGACAAAUGUUUUCUUCUUAAUUGGACAGUAUGGAUUCUCCCCACCACCCCUGAGUCCUUAUCACUGUUACUGGAAAGCGCCAUGA